AUGUUAAUUAAACCAUCAACUUGUGGUCCUCGUUGUGAUGUUGGUUUACAUUUACCAUUUGUUGAUUUUGAUUGUGAAACAUUUAUGAAUCCAACACAACAAACACUUAAUUCUCAAAUAAUUUCAAUUGUACAAUUAGCAACUGCUUUUGCUCAACAACUUUUUUGUUCACGAGAUUUUAUACUUUUAAGAUAUAACUAUGCUGGUAAUACAUCAUUUCUUAUUGAAAAUUAUCCAUCAAUAAGUGAUGCACUUAUGCAAGGAACAGCUAUUAUUGAUUUAUAUCGUGUACAACAAUAUGUAAGUUCUUUUUAUGAGUUAUAUGAAUUCCAUGGUCGAUCAGAAACAUUAUCAUUUGAAAGUGAAUUUAAUACUAUUUGUUCAACUCUCGCAUCUAAUGAUGCACUUUUACUUAUUAUUAACGAGACUGGUCGAGGAUAUUUAUAUAAUGUCAAAUGUCGUACAUUGAUUGGUAUUCAUCGUUUUGGACAUGAUGUGCAUACAAUCAAAUUCAGUCCUGAUUCCAAAUCUGUAGCUGUUUGUCGUAGUAAUCGAUAUGAAUUCUAUACUUGUCCCGGUACUGAUCGCCAAUUCAAUUUGUUUACAUUAAAAUGUAUUCUUCGUUCAUUUCAUGAUAAAACAAUAUUUAUCAAUUGGACAAGUGAUUUUCUUGUUCUGGCUAUUAUUAGUGCAGAUAUGAUAACUCAAAUAUUUAGUGUCCCUUUACGAGAUAAAUUACAUCGAUUUAUAUUAGUCAGUCAUGUUUGUGAAAUAGUUGGCGCUUUUUUUGAACAAGAUUCAUUGAAUGCUGCUGAUAUGGAUUUAGCAUCUAUGGAAUCAAUACCAUGUAUACUUGGUGAAAAUGAUGACCAAGAAAUUCCGACAUCAUCAAAUGGUCAUGUUGAUAGAAAUGAUGAUGAUAAUGAUAAUGAAGAAUUAGAUGAUGUUGUUGAACGAGAACGAAUUAAACUUUUAGCAAAAACAAAAACAUUUAACUAUAAAGAAACAUUUGAAGGUGCUGAUCAUGGUGCUUUACUUCUUUGUGCUGACCAUCAAAAAACACAUAUGUUAGUAGCAGGAUUUUCAAAUGGACAUUUUUAUCUUCAUGAAAUGCCUAAUUUUAAUAUUAUUCAUUCUUUAAGUAUUGACGAUCAAAAACAAAUGAUAGCAUCAGUAUUAUUCAGUCCAUUAGGUGAUUGGAUUGCAUUAGUUUGUCAAAAUCUUGGUCAACUUGUUGUAUAA